CGUAAAAGCGGCGCGCACCGCGGCCCGACACCGGUGACCAUGGCGCGCCGCAGCCUUCCGCUCUCAAUGGGCCUGGCCCUGCUCGCGUUCUGCCUGCUGGCGCUGCCCCGCGACGCCCGGGGCCGGCCCGGGGAGCGCAGGGUGGGAGAGCCGCAGGACCUGUCGCCCAACGACCCGCAGGUGCAGCACGCGGCGCAGGUGGCGGUGGCCAACUACAACAUGGGCAGCAACAGCCCCUACUACUUCCGCGACACCACCAUCCUCCGGGCGCAGAGCCAGCUGGUGGCUGGCAUCAAGUAUUACCUGACCUUGGAGAUGGGGAGCACAGCCUGCCGGAAGAAUGCCGUAGCUGGAGACCGCAUAGACCUUGCCACCUGCCCUCUGGCUGCGGGAGCACAGCAGGAGAAGCUGCGCUGUGACUUUGAGAUCCUUGUGGUUCCCUGGCAGAACUCCUCCCAACUUCUAAAGCAGGACUGUGUGUCCCUGUAGCCGACCCCUGUGGGCAAGGGGUGGAGGGGGAGAGCGGGUGGGUCUGGGCAGGAGCGGGUGCAUCUGUGGAGGGCACUUCAGAUCCCUGGACUGUAUCUGUGGCAAUAAACUGCUAGCACUGCUUCUUGCAA